GAUCGUUCUCUUACCAUCUCCAAGACUAGAUUUGUUAGCAAGGCAGCAAUGGCGGUUUACCCGAUUAUCCUUCCCUCCAUUUUCACCUGUUUCUUCUUCUUUUUCUUCUCUCUCGCGUCCCAAGAUCAACUAAAUGAUGACAACCGCAAUCUCUUGAUCCGUGAACUGGAUGACGCCAAGCUAGACCUCUCUCGUUUGGAAUCUGUUAUCGAUGAAACAAUUGAAAGGAUCGAUGCUAAAACCCUUAUUCUCAAAGAACGCGAGAAGCUUCUCGAGGACAUGGAAAACAAGAUCGCUUAUCUUCAGUCUGUUCUGUCCAGUCUUAAGGAUGAGUCAUUACUUGCUGAUGAAAGGCUUAAGGCUUUACAAAAGGAGGUACGUUUGCUUUGGGAUGUUUCGAGAAAUAACAACUUUGAACUUCAUGUUUUGGAAUUGAAAGCACAAGACGCUGAGGAUAGGCUCAAAGUUGUUACCUCAAAAGUUGAGAAGACAGCAGAAGUUGUUACAGAACAAUGGAUUCAGAUUCAACAUCUUGAGCAAGCACAUCAAAUUGCACAAAUUAGGGCAUUGCAAUAUCAAAGGAAAAGGUAUAUGAGAUGCACAUUCUUGAAGUUCAUUAGCGACCUUUCUGAAAUACAUCUUCCAAAGAUGUUUGGGGCAUUGGAACAUUAUUCAUUUGGACUAGGGUCUACCAUGAAAUAUUACAUGUCUCAAGCUCUUCCACAAUUGAGAAGACUUUACUCAGCAACUAAAAAGUAUCACCAUGAGCUGCAAGGUUUCAUCAAACAAGAAAUGCGAAGAAACGAAUUCACUGCAACCUUUGCCAACGAUGAACUUGUAUUCUUUCUGGCAUCUGCUUUGAUUACCUUCCCUGUACUGAGUGCUUGGAUGGCGCUGUCAUCACGGCAAAACUAGAUCGAGGAAAUCUUCCAUUCAAUAGUAGUGGCUAACCCUGAAAUUGUGAAAAUCAUCCCAGCUUGUUGCCAGUUUAUGUUCUCUACUGUCAUUUGGAAUUUAGGAUCAGGUUUUGCAACUAAUAGGUGAAAGAUUAGUCGGCAGAUGCACACCCUCCCUUACCGGGUUGGUGUAUAAUACUCGUAUCAACGGUUGCCAACGACAUGAAUUGGGUUCCGGAUUAAUACAUUUCGAUAUCUAAGAUUUUU